AUGGUGACAGAGAAAUUCACGUGGAAAAUUGAGAACUUCUCUAAAUUGGACUCAGAGGAGUGCUCUGAUAUUUUCCACAUCGGUGGUCAUUCAUGGGCUCUUUUUAUCUAUCCAACCGGCAACGAUACUGACUACUUGUCAUUUUCUUUGUUUUUUGUGGAGCGCGAUUUGCCUGAUGACUGGUGCAUAUUUGCAAAUUUCAACUUGGCCCUUAUUAAUCAAGUUAAUGGCAAAAGGACAAUAACAAAAGGAUUUGCACACACGUUCAAUGCAAGGGACUACGAAUGGCAUUGGCCUGAUUUCAUACCUUUAGUUGAACUUCGUAAUUCUACAAGUGGGUUUAUCGUGAACGAUACUUGCAUUCUUGAAGCUGAGAUGGCUGUUGUAAAGCCGGAACAUGUGACUCAGGCAGAUCAAGUAGUUUGCAAACCUACUUUACCAAAGCAACUAUCUAUGUCAUCAGAUGGCGAGCUUGCGGAUUUCCUGAGUUUUGGAAAAAUUGAAAAAACUUUUAUUCCACUUUUGAAGCAAGUGUGCUUGUUACAUCCCUCACUAAUUGACUGCCAGCAGAAGAGAAGUCGCAGGUUUAAAGAAUGGGCAUUCACAGCUUUGGGUCAAGUUCUACAUUUUCUGAAGAGUAGAAAGGUGAAAGAUAUGGAUGCGGAUGCUUGUGGUCAUCUUCAACUUUUAUGGGAGGAGCUCCAGACUUUUAAUUUUGAUUUGACAUGGCUCCAACCCCAUAUUCAAUCUGCAUUAAGUAUGAAAGGUUAUAUAGAGAAGGCUGUUCAUCUGAAAACAAUGAAGGAGAAUUUGGCAACUCUAGAGAUGGAAACCAAAUCGCUAAAGGAGAAGAUAUUUACUGCAGAGGUAGAUCUCACAGUAGCAAGAAGAGAUUUGGCAAAAGGGGGUUUGGAAGAGAAGGAUUUGGAUGCUGAACUAGCAUAUGGAGGACCUUAG